UCGGCACGUGCGGUUGACUCCUGUGAUCCUGCCGGAAAAUCGAAACGGAAAGCUUAACGCAACUAAUCCAGAACGGAAUCGCGAGUGUUUUGCCGCCAAGUGUUGCUUGCAUUCGUGUUGCAAGUGAAUUGAAAUGAUGCUAAAAGGCCACGGGUGACUUGCACUGGUCGAAUUUCUCUAUAAAAGUGGUUAUUGUUGGCCCAAUUGUGAAACAGUUAUAUAGUGAGUUUCACUAAAACAGGAGAUAAACUAACUAACUAAAUAAUAAAACUGAAACACACUCUUAGUUAACAUUUAUAACUGGACAUAUAUUUGCUACUACUACGCCAUUACAACGGUGUUCAACAACGGAAUGAUAAACAUUUUGGAGCAAAUGAAAGUUGCAAAAACUUUCUUGAAUCGCUUUUCAAUCGUUCGCUUUGAUUUCGGCCACUGAAAAUUCAAUAGUAAUUUGGCUGAUUUCGCGGAUACAUCAACAACAAGUAGAACUCGCUCGCGUGCCAAGUCGCGCGCCUUUUUAGCCGCUUGUUGGCAAUUUAGCCGCGACUUUGGCGACAUUUGCCGUCAGCUGCGUGUUCACUUUUUACAAGUGAUUAUCUGACAAGACAACUCGAUGGUUUCCAGUCAUUAACAAACUUAAUCAAACUAAAUAUAUACAAAAUGAAAACAAACUUUACUCAGUUCCGUGCCCAAAACUGUGCGAUAAAUGUUACACUGCUCUUAAUCCUGAUGAGUCAACAAUGCAAUCCUCAGAGAGUGGAGGUGCCAGCGGAAGUCAUCGUUGAUCCCAAAUUUAGUUCUCCAAUUGUGAAUAUGACAGCGCCCGUGGGACGUGACGCCUUCCUAACGUGCGUCGUUCAGGAUCUGGGUCCUUACAAGGUUGCGUGGCUUCGAGUCGACACACAAACAAUUCUAACCAUUCAAAAUCAUGUUAUAACAAAAAACCAACGCAUUGGUAUCGCGAACUCUGAGCACAAAACCUGGACAAUGCGCAUUAAGGACAUUAAAGAGUCGGACAAAGGCUGGUACAUGUGCCAAAUCAACACGGAUCCGAUGAAAAGCCAAAUGGGUUACCUAGAUGUUGUGGUACCGCCGGAUAUCCUAGAUUAUCCUACGAGCACGGACAUGGUCGUUCGCGAGGGCAGUAACGUGACGCUCAAAUGCGCCGCUACCGGUUCGCCAGAGCCGACAAUUACAUGGCGACGUGAAAGUGGAGUGCCUAUCGAGCUGGCCAGCGGAGAGGAGGUCUUGAGCAUUGAGGGCACUGAUCUAAUAAUACCGAACGUAAGACGUCAUCAUAUGGGCGCCUACUUGUGCAUAGCUUCCAACGGAGUCCCGCCUUCGGUGAGCAAACGGAUAACGCUUGUUGUGCAUUUCCCACCGAUGAUCACCGUUCAGAACCAAUUGAUUGGAGCUGUAGAGGGAAAAGGAGUGACUUUGGAAUGCGAAUCGGAGGCAUACCCCAAGUCGAUCAACUACUGGACCAGGGAACGUGGAGAGAUUGUGCCACCAGGCGGCAAAUACUCGGCGAACGUCACGGAAAUCGGUGGCUAUCGCAAUUCGAUGCGGCUCCACAUAAAUCCCCUUACGCAGGCCGAAUUUGGGGCUUAUCGCUGCGUGGCGAAGAAUUCCCUUGGCGACACGGAUGGCACAAUUAAGCUGUACAGAAUACCCCCGAAUGCCGUAAACUAUGUGGAGAACUUUGAGGCGCGACACAAAGGCAAGAAGCGGACGAAAGGCUCGGAGUCGCAUCAUCCGGCCAGGGCCCAGGAGCACAGCGGCGAGGACAUGGAAAAUCCGGGAAAAAGAAAAGCCGAUUUGAGCCUGAGUGCGGAGAGCAUCGACAGCAUUUACGGAUCCUCUGCAGCUCGAACUUGGCGGCAGGACCUCGGCGGACUGCUGCUCCUGGCAGUGGCAGUGGCAUUGGCAAUGGCCCUGGCUCCGAUGCGGGAAACUCAGAUGACACUGCCGCCACAAGCACUGACGCAUGUUUGACACAGACGCCGAGUUGACAUGGACAUGGAGAUGCAGUCAGCGCCAAAUCUGAACUUGCGGCUGGAGCUGGAGCUGGAGCAAUGUCUGCAGUCUGCGACUGUGGCAGUGGCAGUGCAAUGAUGAUUGAGUUUGUCAAUGCCAAACGCUGCUCGGUGCUGAUUUAUGGCUCGUUGCGGCUGCUCUAGUUAAAGUUUGUCGACGCCGAAUUACAUAUAUCACAUCCAUGACGCGGCGGGCGGUCCGCGUCUGUAGCCAGUAAGUAAACUAGGCUUCCUAAUCCAAAAUCGCGCUGUUGUCAGGCUGUUGGAUUUUAGUUAAGGUUCAAGCUUAGCCUUCGGUGCAACCUUUGUAAAAUAUCGCAGAUUGCAAAUCAAUUACGGCACGUGUAUAUAGACGUAUGGCAAGGUUUUUGUAAAGAGUUGGAGUUGGCAAGGGGCUAUGUAUUAUAAAUAUUGUAAGAACCAG